AUGAUCAUUAAUAUUACACGCCCUUUAAAAUUGAUCCAAUGGUCAAGUUACAUUUUAUUUUUCAUUCUCAUAGAUUUGGUAAUCUUAAUACCGUUAGCUUUUUUAAUAUUUGAUGAUUUCUAUUCAAGAUUAUUACCAUCUGAUUCUUCACAAUGGGUCCCUAUUUCUGCCUUCCAUAAUAAUAUUAGGAAUCCUUCCCAUUCUUCCCGUUCUUCUUCUUCCAAGAAUGUUUAUUUAUUUUCUCAAAAGAUCAAUAGAAUAUCAUCCAACACAAUCGAAUUAUCCCCCUCACCAUUAUUACCAUCCAUUGAAAGUAACGGAUUAGAACAACAGAUCGCAUUACGUGAGGAGAUUAAUUAUCUCUUAGAUUUAAACCUUGAAUUUUUCUGUUUAAACAAUAUAAACUCAAGACAUCGUAUUGAUUCCAUCGAGAUUGAUAUCUUCUCCAUGAACAUGAAACAGAGCACGGACCCAGAAACAGAUUUUGAAAACAUUGAAAAGAUUCAUAAACAAUUAUUGUAUCAUUAUUCUCAACCUAUAAUUUGUCUUGACGUGAAUGAUUCCGUCGUGACUUCGGAACUUCACAAACAGACCCCGAAGACGUCUUCCUCCUCUGCGUUAAGAUUAGCAAUGUAUGAGAAGGAAUGGAUGAAUACGAUCCAUUUACAAGACGUAAUGAAUUUAAACUCCAGCAUUACGAACCUCGUCCUUCGCAUCAAGACGACAAUAGGGACAGAAACUAGCGAUAAUGAGUUGAUUUUCAAGAUGAAUGAAUGUUUCAUGGUAUUUAAUAUGAAUUUCUCACAAGGGUUACGGAAUAUCAUGUUAAAGAAACGGUUCAUUACUUAUGUGGUUGGUACAGUUAUAUGCUUCACCAUUAUGAGUUUGUUGUUAUUCUUUAGUGUUCUGAUUGUUGUUUAUUUAUUUUCAUCAUCUUCGCGCCGUCUCAAAUCCGAGGCGGAAGCGGUUGCGAGUGAAGAAAAACAUGGUGGUGGUGUUUCAGACGGGUAUCGAUGGGUUCCAGUUUCUUCUUCUUCUUUCAAUGAUGAACAGUAUAAAGUAGAUAAAAAGAAUGAGCAUGAGAGUGUGAAUGUGAAUGAGAAUGAGAAUGAGAUUCGUGAUCGUAUAAGGAAAGUCCCCAUAGCAUAA